AUGGAGUCAGGAGUUGUGGAUCCACAGUGGGAGGCAGGCUCUCUGCUGGAGUCCCUGAUGGAGGGGGACUUUGAGGCGGUUCUGCUGAACCCCCAGGUGUUAGAUCUGCUCACUGGAGAUGGCAGCUGCAACGAGGGGGAGGACAUCGAGGCCUACUUGGAGAGACGGGUCCUGCUGUACCUGACUUGUGGCACGAACCACAGCCAGACCAACAGGGAGCUGGCAGUGAUGGCCUUAGCCGUCUCUUGCCUCCACAUGUUUUCCCAGAGUAACUGGACUGGUCCUCCGGUCUCCAUCCAUAUCUCAGACCUGCUGCCCCCGGCCCUGCUCUCCUCUCAGCCCCAGAUGCUGGUUGAGGCUAUCCACUCCAGCCUGCUCCUGGAUGGGGAGUCUGUGUAUAGCCUGGUGGCCAAUCCCUUCCUCCUCCUGCUGGCCAGGGUUAUUCUCACCAAGUGCUCCCCCAAGAUGGACAGCCUACAGCUGCUGCCCUGGUGGACCCUGCGCUAUAUCAACCUGCACCAGCAAAUCCUGGAGGCCUGUUCUCCGCAGCUUCUCAUCUUGGCCCAUAGCAGCAUGGACAAAGUGCUGAAAUGCCAAUCUCUGUUGUCGGAACACAGUGAACUGGCUAUCCAGUUCCACCUGGAGUGUGUCUACACCAGUCUGACCUACUAUGAGUACCAGCCAGCCAAGGAACACAUCAAGAAAGCCCAGGAGCUCUCAGGGCUGAAUAUCAAUAUGACUGGUGCUCUUGGCAAACGGACCCGUUUCCAGCAGAAAUACUUGGCUCAGCUCAUCCUUGAGGUAAAGAGAAAGCAGGGCCAGCCAGGCCAGAUGGAUGAUGAGACCAGUCCCACCCCUACACCUCAAGCUAGCUUGCCCAAGGACUACAGUCUGUCUGAUGACACCGUGCUGGAUAAGCUCAAUUUAGCGGAGCCAAAUCAGUAUGAGCUGCCUGACCUCAGCGCAGAGGAGCAGGCCGUCAUCCUGGGCAUCUGCACUGACUUCCAGAAGAAUAACCCUGUGCACAAACUGACUGAAGAGGAACUCCUGGCCUUCACAUCUUGUAUUCUAUCUCAGCCUAAGUUCUGGGCUGUAGAAGUCACAGCCCUUUGCCUCAGGACCAAACUGGAAAAAGGGAGCUCCCGAUGUGUUGAGAGGGCCAUGAUGCAAACCCAGGUUGAUGUGGUUCUCCUGGGUGGCGGCCUCUUGGGACAUGUGCCAGCUGGUGGAAUAGAGAUAAAACGGUUCUAA